UCUUGGAAUAUUCUGAGAUGUAUUUAAGCUCAGUGUUUCACAGCUGACGGUGUUUUCUGCAGAGUCUGUCAGGUCUGUUGCAGCCAUGUUGGCAUUUUCUCUUGUGGCCCUGCUGCUGGUGUCGUCCUCCUGGGCUGAGGAGGUUGCUGCCAUUGAGGAGGACACGUCCAGGGAGCUUUCAGUGGGUGAACUGCUGGAGAGAGCCAACAGAGACCGCAUCCCUGACUUUGAUGAGCCCACCCUGAUCGGAGGAGACAUCGCCAUCAAGUCUGAGGCCGACAGAAACGCUGACCCCUGCACCGCCAGAGGCUGUCUGUGGCAGAAGUGGUCUGAUGGAAAGGUCUACAUUCCCUACUAUAUCGCUAACCACUACUCCUCUCGGGAGAAGGCUAUCAUCACCCGUGGACUGGAGUCCUUCUCCUCAAUGUCCUGCAUCCGUUUCAGACCCUACCAGAACGGUGACCAUGAAUGGCUGAGCAUUGAGUCCAGGAACGGCUGCUACUCCUACGUGGGGCGUCAGGGCGGCGGUCAGACCGUGUCUCUGAGCCGUCAGGGCUGUCUGUACCACAGCACCGUCCAGCAUGAGCUGCUCCACGCCCUGGGCUUCAACCACGAGCAGACCCGCUCUGACAGGGACAGCUACAUCAGAGUGCACUGGGAUAACAUCGUUGAUGGCAUGGAGUACAACUUCUACAAGAUCGACACUCUGAACCAGGGCACUCCUUAUGACUACAACUCUGUCAUGCAAUAUGAGAGGUACGCCUUCUCCAAGAACAACCGCCCCACCAUGGAGCCCAUCCCCAACCCCAAUGUGUCUUUUGGCCAGGCCACUCAGAUGAGCAGGCAUGACAUCGACAGGCUCAACAGGCUCUACAAAUGCUGUAAGUAA